AUGGAGAAGGACAAGCACACCGUUUUCGCUCAAGAGGUCGAGCUCGAGGAAGGAGCCAUUCACAGGCUGACCUCGGUCCAGUCUGCUUCGUCUGUGUUUGACCCUCUGGCCAACAUGCUCAGCAAGCAGGUUGAAGAGGAUGCCUAUGCUCAGAUGCACAUUGAGGAUGACUCGCCAUAUGCGGAAGUCAGAGCUGCGGUCCCAUCUACUGACGACACAAGUAUGCCCCAGAACACCUGGAGAGUCUGGGUCUUGGGUAUGCUUAUGGCUACCAUUGGUGCCGGUAUGGAUAUGAUUCUUGCUCUGCACUCACCUCAGUUUUUUUUGUCCACAUUUGUUGUCUCUGUGUUGGUUUGGCCUUUGGGCAGAGCCUGGGAGAAAGUAAUGCCAAACAUCAAAGUUCUUGGUCUCCCUCUUAACCCUGGUCCCUUCAACAUCAAGGAACAUGCUCUUAUCACUAUCAUGGCCAACAUCGCUUUUGGAAAUGGACAAGCAUAUGCCACAGAUAUUGUCAUGGUGCUGAACUUGCACUACAACACUUUUUUUGGGUGGGGAUUCAACCUUUGUAUUGUCUGGGCUACUCAAUGUCUUGGAUUUGCCUUUGCUGGUCUCAUGAGAAAGAUUCUCGUGGAACCCUCUAACAUGAUCUGGCCAUCCACCUUGGUUACUUCCACUUUUUUGACCAAUAUUCACAUCAACGAUAAUCAUGUUGCCAACGGAUGGAAGAUCUCCAGACUUAAAUUUUUCCUCAUUGUUUUUGCAGCUUCGUUCGCAUGGUACUGGUUCCCAGGUUACGUUUUCCAGGCCCUUUCCUACUUUGCGUGGCCAACUUGGAUUGCCCCUAAUAACGUGAUCGUAAACCAGGUGUUUGGUGCAUAUUCCGGUAUUGGCUUGUUCCCAAUCACCUUUGACUGGGAGCAAAUUGCUGGUUACACUGGCUCUCCUCUGGUUCCUCCUCUUUCCACCAUCUUCAGUGUUGCGGCUUCUAUGGUGGUAAUGUACUGGAUUAUCACUCCAGCUAUUCACUACGCGAAUGUGCUGUACUUCCAGUAUCUGCCAAUCUCGAGUUCGUCGACCUACGACCGUUACCAGAACACCUACAACGUGACGAAGAUUAUUAAUAGCGACCUGUCGUUCAAUUUGGAGAAGUACAAGGCCUAUUCUCCUCUGUUCUUGUCCACCACAUUCUUUAUAUCGUACGGUAUGUCGUUUGCCUCGUUCACAGCUACUAUUGUCCACGCUUACCUCUUCCAUGGAGCGGAUAUCUGGCAUACCCUGAGACAUUGGGACAACGCCAAUCCCGAUGUUCACUACAGACUGAUGAAAAGUUACAGGGGUGUACCUGAAUGGUGGUACUGUAUCGUGUUCGCGAUUUUCUUUGCACUUGCCAUUGUGGCUGUUCGCGCAUGGAACACCGAGAUGCCAGUGUAUGCUUUGGUAAUCUCCAUUCUACUUGCCAUGUUCAUGCUUAUCCCAAUCGGAGUGGUGUAUGCCAUCUCCAAUAUUGAAAUUGCUCUCAAUGUUGUGACCGAGUUCAUCAUUGGUUACAUGGUGCCAGGUAAGCCAGCAAGUAUGAUGAUUUUCAAGACCUUUGGUUUCAUCGUCAACUUGCAGGCACUCACUUUCGCCCAAGAUAUGAAGUUGGGUCAGUACAUGAAGCUGAGUCCUCGUCUGUUAUUUGCCUGCCAACUCUUCUCUGGUGUGUGGGGUGGUCUUGUCAACUGUGCCGUUAUGAAAUGGGCCCAAGGCAACAUCGUCGAUGUCUGUCAAUCCACCCAAAAAAACAAUUUCACUUGUCCUGGUAUCCGUGUGUUCUUCAAUGCCUCCAUUAUCUGGGGUGUCAUUGGACCAACUAGACUUUUCUCUGAGGGUCAGCUCUACUAUGGAGUUCUGUUCUUCUUCCUCAUCGGUGCCGCUCUACCCGUCGUCAACUGGCUUGUUUUGAGAAAGUACCCCAACUCUUGGGUUAAGUACAUCAAUUGGCCCGUGUUCUUCGGGGGUUCAUCAAGUAUUCCACCAGCAACCCCUUACAAUUAUGCUACCUAUUGCACUGUGGGAAUCAUCUUCAACUACUUCAUCAAGAAGAGAUGGUUUCACUGGUGGUCCAAGUACAACUUCUCGCUUUCUGCUGGUCUUGACCUUGGUCUUGCAUGGGCCUCGAUGAUGAUCUUCCUGUGUUUGGAUUUGACCAACGCAGAUUACAUCUCCUGGUGGGGAAACAACAUCACGUACGAUACCAUGGAUAUGACCAAGACCGCCAUUCGUGUGGUUCUCGCAGAGGGGGAGGGUUUUGGUCCCACUUCGUGGUAA